CGGUAAGUUGCGCUCUCAGUUUGCCGCAAGCAGCAUGCCCGACAUCAUCGAGUUCGCGCUCGGGACGAUCCUCGGCAACAUGAGCACGGCCGUGGUGCUGGCGCUAGUCUACUUCAACUUCCUCCUCUUCGAAGACUACUUCCGCGUCAUCAUCUGGAGCAUCCUCUUCAGCCAGGCGCUGCGCGGUGCCAAGGAGAACGUCUGCCGCAUGCUCGCCUAUCUGAGCCACGCUUCCGAGAUCCAACGCGACGGCCUUCUCUACUCGGUCGUGACGCAGCUGUGGCCGUACCUCAUGCGGUCGUCGGGGCCAACGGACCUGGCGCACAAGAAGCGCCGCAUGCAAGAGUUCAUUCUGGACAAUGGCAUCUUUAUCUUUGCGAUGAUCGGCGCCGUCUCGAUCUACGUGCGCAUGUUUAGCUGGCUCUCGUUCGUGCAGCUUGCGAUCGCGCUCCUGCUCGUCGUCGUCGCGUUCGUGUGGGUCGCGGACCAGCGCAUAUUCCAUUACCGCAUCUUUGUCUCGGACCAAGUCCUCGUCUCGACGCUGCUGCUCUUGGGCUGCUGCACGAUCGGCGUCUUUGUGCUCGUGUUUCUCGGUACCGAAAGCUACAUGGAGGGCUCCCGCGCCGCCAUGCACUUUACGAGCUGGGUCCAUACCAACGUCAUCAACGACGAGCGCACGCGCAAGAUGUGGGGCGACCAAGUCCACAACGGCAAGGCCAUGGUGGCGUCGGGCCUGCGCGAGAUUGAGGGCCAGUACAACUCGACCAUGUGGUUUGGCCCGCUCAAAGCACUUGUGCUAUCGUACUAUGACGCGAGCGACGGGGCUGUCCCCGUGGUUUCGGACCCGAUCCUCAAUGCGACGACUGUCGCGACGAUGCUCGACAUUCCGACCAACAUGACGUGGACAUCGGUGUUUACCCUCGCGUACGCGCAGUUUAACCUCACCUCGACCGACGUGACGGACUGGACGAGCAAAGGCCUCGAGAUCUCGUCCAUGGCGUUUGGCUCGGUGUUUCAGAUUGUGUUUUUCGUGCUCACGUUUGUGAUUGCGUUUAUCAGCAUUGGCAUCAAGGCCGUCUUCUUUGUCACGUCGCUCUUCUACCUCCUCUGCACCAAGUGGGAUCCCAUCGAACGCUUUGUCUACGAUCUGAUGCCGAUUGCGCCCGAGAAACGCCCGGCGCUCGUCAACUCGCUCCGACGCUCGAUCGAAGGCGUGUUUUCUCUGCCAAUGAAGAUUUCCAGUCUCCACGCCAUUGUGACACUGGUCUCGCUGAGCAUGAUGGCCAAUGAUUUCGUCUACCUCGGGACCUUUAUCACGUUUUUCAUCUCGAUCGUGCCCAUCAUCCCCGCGUACCUCGUGUGUAUUCCAUGGGUGCUGGCGCUUUGGUCGUCGACGUCGAUCGUCAAGGCGCUGCUGCUGUUUGUGAUUCAUUACGUGGCGUUUUCGUGGAUCGACCAAGUGCUCUACGAGAAGAGCUUGACGUCUAUCAACGCGUACGUCUCGGCACUCAGCGUCGUCUUUGGCGUCUACGUGUUUGGCCUUGAGGGCGUCGUCUUUGGUCCGCUCUUGGUGUGCGGUGUCAACUGGGCGUACGAAGUCUCCAACCACGGCAUCCAAGCCGCGUCCAUGGACGAAGCGGAAAAAGCCGAUCGCCGUGAUGAACGACCCUCGACGCAGGGCAACAUCUUUUCGAAUGCGUACCGCGCCAUCUCCGGUGGCCUCGGUGACAAUCUCUCUCGGCGCUUUUCGUUUGAUGCUACGUCGCCCGCGACCGUGUGCGUGACGCUGCAAGUGCACGCGCUCCCGUCUUCGCCGCUGGCGGCGUCGGCGCCGAGCCGCGACGCACCGCUCGUUCGGUUUAUUGCGUCAAAAGACUGGACGUACGAAGAGCUACUGACACAUUUGCGCCACACGCUCAAAGUCUACAGUGUCUGCGGGCUCUACGCAAUCAACAGCAACGCCCAAGUGCUGUCUGCAGCCCAUCUCUUCCCAAACGAGACGCUCCGUGUCGAGGUCGAGACGGAGCCGCGCGCGGAACCCGACACCCGCGUCCCCCGGCCACCAGUGUACCUCAAGCGCAACAAGUCCAAGACGCUGGUCAAGAAGACGCCCGUGAAAAUGGCCGUUGCGAUUUCGCCGUCCAAGCAGCACUUGCGCCGGUCGUCGUGCUCGAAUUGCGUUGGCGAUUCCGAGUCGGAUGUCCUUGUGUCCCCGCGCCGCAGCGUCCCGAGCCUCUUUGGUGCUCCGAUCUCGGACGUGGUGCCGCCCACGGCCCGGUUCCGGGACCUCUCGUCGUUCCAGGCAGCAGCCGGCGAUUGCUUUCGGCAGUCGAUCUUGCAGCUGCGCAGCCAGAGCUCGUCGUCGGCGUCCGACACGAUGACCAGCGACAACUCGCCGACCAAAGAGGCGUCCACGGACGCAGGCGCCAAGGCAGCGGAAACGGUGUCCGAGACCUCGAUGCAGUCGUCGGUGCAGACGACGGAAACACUGUUGAUGGGCCUGCCAACGGCGGUGCCAGUCGUCGUACGGCCCGAGAGCGACACGAAGCGUCCGCGCAGCUUUGACGCAGCAACGCCCGACCGAACCGUGCUCGUGAGUGGCCGAGGCAUCCAGCGCCAAGGGGAGACGCAAGAUCAGACGCGCCCGUCGCUCGAAGCCAGCGCAGUGAUUGAGCGAUCAACGAGUCGGCGUCGCCACGGCCCGCGGCGGUCGCAAUCGGUGCCCGAGUUCGAGGUCAAGCCGCCAGGUCUCUGGAAACGCAUGAUUGGAAAGAAAUAAUAGUACUAUAGUAUUUGCUACCUUUUCUUUAAAUCUAAUUCUAGUCUCGGUACUCGAA